AUGCUACGGCUGCCGUGUCGGCCACUGUCAGUGCACCGCACCGCCCUCCGUUACCGGCCGCUUGCGAUUCAUCCUUCCCAUUUACGUCGCGGUUUCUCGAGCUCGUCAGUGUCCUUCCCUACAUUUACGCAGUUUGAUAGAUCCGACUUCACGAGUCAGCCAUUCUCUGGCGUAUAUGAAACUGGAUUACCUACGGCUGGUCCGCUAGGAUCCACACCUGCAUUCGGAGUUCGCAUCACACCGAAAUCAUUGAAGCAAUAUCUGGAUCAAUUCGUUGUUGGACAGGAGCGUGCAAAGAAGAUCCUGAGUGUCGCAGUGUAUAACCAUUAUCAGCGAGUGCAAGAGCUCCAGAGACGUCAGGAAGAAGCCGAGCAACUGCUUGCCAAGCGUUUGCGCCGAGAGGAUAUUCAGAGGCGCCAGGAAGAACGUGAGGAGCUUCUCGGCAAACAUGCGAGCACGGAUUCCGUCGAGCAUCACCCGGUCGAAGACGAGUACCCAGGCCAACAGCGCACGAUCUAUCCAAACAACCCACCUACCCAGCCUUCCUAUGCUACAGAUAAUGCAGAAAUCGACGAAUCGUCACAACUACAGAUUGAGAAAUCCAAUGUCCUUCUUUUGGGUCCCUCCGGAGUAGGCAAGACUCUCAUGUGCCGCUCAUUAGCCCGAGUCUUAUCGGUUCCUUUCAGCAUCUCAGACUGUACUCCGUUCACACAGGCCGGUUAUAUCGGGGACGAUGCAGAAGUAUGCGUACACCGGCUUCUAGCGGCCGCGAACUACGACGUCGAGCAAGCAGAGCGCGGAAUAAUCGUCCUGGAUGAAAUAGACAAAAUCGCAGCCGCCAAGGUCAGCCAUGGCCGUGACGUGGGAGGAUCUGGUGUUCAGGAAAGCCUUUUGAAGCUCCUCGAGGGUACGACCGUACAGGUGCAGGCGAAGCAGGAACGCAGUGCGCCACGUCUCAGCGGGACAACCAGUUCUUCAUAUCCUCCGAAUGGCCCAUUAGGAAACACCCCCUUUACUCCCCCGGGUGGAGGUAAUGUACCUCAUAAAGGUGAGGUUUAUAAUGUCCGCACCGAUAAUAUCCUGUUCAUAUGUUCCGGCGCGUUUGCCGGACUGCACAAGGUUGUCAUGGACCGAAUAUCGCGUGGCUCAAUGGGGUUCGGUCAGCCGGUUCGAAACCCUCCACAGACCUCCACGGACAGGCCACAUUCCUACGAUUCUACAGCUAACCAGCCCGUUCCUAUCCUCCCGGGCUCUGAAGAAGAAGCCCUAUACAAAAAACACCUCCCUUUUUUCACACCCCCAUCACUAUCAUCUCCUGAAGCCGAACCAACCUACUUUAACGCGCUGGACCUCAUCAACCAAACCGACCUCCAAAAUUACGGCUUUAUCCCCGAGCUCGUAGGCCGUAUUCCGGUCAAUGCCGCUCUAUCAGCUCUAAGCCAGCCCUUACUCGUCCGCAUUCUCACCGAACCUCGCAACUCCCUAGUUGCCCAAUACACCACACUCUUCUCAUUGUCCGGGAUCGAGCUCCGCUUUACAACACCUGCUCUGCACAAAAUCGCCGCCAACGCAUUCACAAUGGGCACAGGGGCGCGUGCGCUUCGCACAGAAAUGGAAACAAUCCUCAGCGAUGCAAUGUUCGAAACACCGGGAUCAAGCGUCAAAUUCGUCCUUGUCACGGAAAACGUGGCAGAGCGCAAGGAAAAGCCCGUGUAUCUUGGCCGUGGACAGGGAAGUCGUUUUCACUCCAUGAUUGCGGCGGAGGAGGAUAGGUGGGAAGAGAGGAUGCGCCAAAAGAAGCUUAAAGACAGGAAGGGGAAGUCUCCGCUUACAUUUGAGGAUGGUCCUUCCAUCUCCUCUUUCAAGGAGUAUCGGAGUAAGGCUUCUGUGUAG